GAGCUUGAAGCAGCGGGGCAUGUGAUUCUUUGUGCAGUGCACAAUUCCCCUGUCGCGUUUGAUCUCGAUAAGACGCUAGACAGUCGAAAUACUCGCCGCCGAAUCUUCCACGAAAUGCCUUCAAGGGUAUGUAUACGAUGCGCCAAUUGCCAGUGUAUUCCCUGAAGCUUUCGUCAGCGCGUAACCACGAGGGAUGAAUUUCGGCACGGUAAUCUGAUCUCGCAUGCCAGAGGGGAGGGCUUGGUUCGCACGGUACCACGCCUCGUCAGUGCCCGUUACUGACGUGCAUGACCCAUUCAUUCGUUGGCUGCGGCCCGGCGCCUCUGACAAUAACAUCGAUCUCGUCAUCUCUGUGAUCGAACGGUGUGACGAAUCCGUAUUAGGAACAUCGCGCAAAUUUUACGGUAGAAAAACGCUCAGUGGUCAAGAUACGCUGUUCUGCUCGGCAUUUACCAUCAACCACAAGGGCGAGCUGCUGGUCAACCACUUCAACCUGAACCUACAGACUCGGAGAGGCUCGUCUUGGGACAAACCGACUGCACUUGUGUGCAUGUAGCCCGUACCCCUGCGAGCAGGGUCGGUGCGGUAAUAAGUUUGCAGAGAGACUUGGACCAGCAACAUGCGCCACAUCGCUGCUGACGGGCGGUGUUUUGUUGUGUCAUGCGGCCAAUCCAAUCUGCGACCCGAAUUAUAGGUGCUCGCACACAAAAUAGGCUCAUCAAACAGACAUUAUCAUGCGUGGAGAUUAGGCCUUCUGCGGGUCACUGUGCAGAGCCCUUCGCCGAGCGUGGC